AUGGCGCUUCUCGCCGAGCGCAUUGCGACCAUAGUGUCCCUGGCACAGGCGGAGGCCGCGCCGGCUGAGGUCGACGCUCCAGUGCUCGCCGCAGACGUUCCCAUCGGGCGGGUUGCCGGCGCGCGCCUUGCCACGUACUCGUUCGCAGCCGACGGCCCCGCGCCGUUGCUUGGCGCGGUCGGCGGCCACGCAAAGGCUGAGAGCAGCAGCAGCGCCGUCCCCCUGGCGGCCGCCGAGCUGCCGCCGCUGGCCCCCGAGGCGGCCCCCGGUGCACCCAGCGGCGGCGAGCUGCGGCGCGGCCCGGAGGACCCCUGCUCCCCGGGGCGCUCGCUCCUGGAUGGCCUGCUGCUUGCCCACUGGGAGGACGCGGCUGCCAAGGGGCUGCUGCGCUAUGACGUCAUGGCGUGCCCCACCAAGGUGCUGCCGGGUCACCUGGGGUUUGUGGCGCAGCUGAACGAGGGGCGCGCCACCAAGAAGCGGCCGACCGAGUUCCGGGUCGACCAGGUCUGCCAGCCGUUCGACCCCUCCAAAUUUAACUUCAACAAGGCCUCCCUGAAAGAGGCCCUCUUCGCCUUCAAGCCCGCCGCCCCCGGCGCCCGCGCCUCGUUCGCGCCCGCCGCCGCCGCCUCGGCCUCCCCCAACCUCGUGCUCGUCAACGUGUCCCCCAUCGAUUACGGGCACGUGCUGCUGUGCCCGCGGGUGCUGGACGAGCUGCCGCAGCUGCUGGACCGCGAGUCGGUGCUGCUGGCGCUGCGGUACGCGGCGGAGGCGGCCAACCCGCACCUGAGGGUGGGCUACAACAGCCUGGGGGCCUACGCCACCAUCAACCACCUGCACUUCCAGUCAUACUACCUCAACACCACCAUGCCGAUCGAGCGCGCCGGCUCCGCCCCCGUCCACGGCAUUGCGCCCCGCGCCGACGGCGUCACCGUCUCGCGCCUCACGGGCUACCCCGUCAACGCGUUUCUUAUCGAGGGCGGCGACGCCGCGGCGCUCGCAGACGCGGUGACGGCCGCGGCGCUGGCGCUGCAGGGCGCGAACGUGCCGCACAACAUGCUGAUUGCGGACUGCGGGCGCAAGGUGUACCUGACGCCGCAGUGCUACGCGGACAAGCAGGCCAAGGGGCUGGUGCCGGAGCACCUGCUGGACACGGGCGUCAACCCGGCGGUCUGGGAGGUGACCGGCCACAUGGUGCUCUUCCGCCAGGCUGACUACGACGCGUUUGACCAGGACCUGGCCUGGGAGCUGCUGGCCGCCAUAAGUUUGACCGAGGAGCGGUUCCUCGAGGUGGCGGCGCUGUGCUUCGGCCGCGGCCCCGAGGAGGCCGCGGCUGCGGCUGCGGCCGCAGCCGCCGACGUGGGCGGGCUGAGGUGCGGCGAGAGCGGCGCGGGGGAGGGUCCGGCGGCUGCGGCGGCGGCGCCUGAAGUGGCGGCGGUGGAGGCCUAG